AUGCUGUCUGUGCAGGACGCCCUUGACCUUGCGUCGUCCAGCUGCGGCACGAUGGACAUUAUCACGUGCGGGUUCACGCCGUGGGGGCCCGAGUCGUGCCCUAGCCUGGACCAGGUGAUGGCGUCGUCGAGGCCAGCCGCGGCCGCGUCCACGGCGGCGGUGGAGGAGGCCGAGGCGGCGAGGGACGCGGACCCAGAGGAGGAGGAGCGGCUCCGGCGUCAGCGUCGCAAGAUGUUGAACCGGCUGUCGGCGCAGCGGUCGCGCGCGCGGAAGCAGCAGCGGCUGGAGGAGCUCCGGGAGGCGGCGGCGGGGCUCCGCGCCGAGAAGCAGGAGCUGGAGGCCAGGCUGCAGGCCCUGGCGCGGCACGACCUCGCCGUGCGCUGCCAGAACGCGCGCCUCCGCGCCGAGGCCGCCGCGUUCGCGCGCCGCCUCCGCGAGGCGCGCAGGCUCCUCGCGCUCCGCCGGCUCGCGUACGACCUGAUGCCGCAGCAGGCCGCCGGCGGCCGCGGUGCCCCUGCUGGGGCUGGCGUCGCUCAUGACGUAGAACGACUCUCGGGUCCUCGCACUGGUGAAGUUUUGGCACGGACGGACGGACGGACGCGCGCAUGCUACGGUGAACUGGAAACAUGGGGCACACUGAGCCUAGCACGGUGCAUGCAGCUAUCUGCCGCUAGCAAUACUACUACGGCCAGAGGUGGGGCCCGUGUUGACGUGUAA